UGGCAACCUCAUAACCAACCUCUAACCAUGCCGUUGCACCUUCUCGGCAAGAAGUCAUGGAACGUCUACAAUCCUGCAAACAUCGACCGCGUGAAGCGAGACGAAGCAGAAGCCAAACAGCGUGAAGAAGAAACAGAGGCCCAGACCCAGAAAGAUGAGGCAGAUGCGCGACUGCGGCUACUACGGGGCAACGCUCCCCUUCCGAAACCCAUCGAGUCACAGAUAGACUCACACCCCAAGGAUACUCGCCGGAACAACAAGCGGAAACUGCCCGGCGAAGACGAUACAGACAGGGAAAUACGGCUCGCUCACACUCCUCAUUCUCAGCCGCUUCCGGCGGCCGCACCAAAAUCCAAGAACGAUGAUCCCAUUGUCGAUGCAAACGGAAAUAUUGCGCUCGUAGCAGUUCCUGAGCCUGCCACGAAGAAGCCACGUCUAGACAAAGAUCCGUACACAGUAUACCUUUCACACGCGAGCGGCAAGGGGAAAGAAUCCGGCGAAAAACCAUGGUACAGCAAUACGCCGGAUCCGGACAAAAGAGGCAAGUCAUGGGGUGACACAAACCCACGCCGGCACGAGCGCGAGGCCGCACGCAUCGCCGCGAACGAUCCACUCGCCGCGAUCAAGAAAGGCGUCAAACAAGUCCGGGAAGCGGACAAAGAGAGGAAAGCAUGGAUGGCGCAACGGGAAAGAGAUCUGAAAGAAGUUGAGGAGCUGGCAAGGCAGCAACGGCGACGUGAGCGUGACGAAAAGCGGAGAAGGAGACGGGAAGGCGACGAAGAGGAUCGACUUAGCCUAGAGGAUUUCAAUCUGGACGAGGGCAAUGCGAAGCCUCGUGAUCGAGGGCACAACGACGAACAUCGCGAGAAACACCGUCCUCGUGAUCCUAGCCACCGGCAUCGACAUCGCCAUCGUCACCAUCGAGAUUCCAGUCACAGCCACAGUCACAGCCGGUCGCAUAGAGACACUGAAGUUGUGCAGCAGCAAAGAUGAAAGUCGCCAUACAUACCUAGGUACCUUGGUAUUGAACCAAUUCACGAUGAUAUGACAUAUUCAGAUACCCGAAGUACAAUGAAAUGACUCUAUGACUAUGAAAAU